AUGAGUUUCAAUUCUAUUAAGCUCGCUCUACUCGUCGGUAUCUGCGGUGCGAUUCCUUUCAAGAAAGACGGAACAGAGAUUGUACUCGGCGACGUGAUUAUCAGUGAAGUGAUUGUUGAUGUGAGCCAUGGCCGACAAUUACCUGGCGGCUACUACAGAAAAUCAACGCUGUUGGAUGUGUAUGGUCGACCCGACGAGCAGAUUCUGGGCCUUUUACGCACUUGGAAGACUGCAUUACUUCUAGAAAAAUUGAGGGAGGAAACUAAGAAUAACUUGACAGCUCUAUUGAAGCAUCCGCAAGUGGACACAGAAUAUCCAGGCGCCUGGGAAGACAAACUCUUUCCAUCGCAAUAUAUUCAUAUGCAUCAUUCAGAUUGUUUAGCUUGCUUGCAUGGAUUUGCCUGCGAGAAUGCUUUGGCAGCUUCAUGCACUAGCGUUAAUUGCGAUGUCAAUAUGCUCAUUCAUCGUGAACGGCUGCUUGAUACAUUCAAUCGGCAUCCUGAGACGCCAACUCCUUUCAUACAUUUCGGUUCUAUUGGUACCGGAGACACUGUAAUGAAGUCAGCCACACACCGAGACGAUAUUGCAAACACUGAGAAUGUUAUCGCAUUCGAGAUGGAAGGUGCUGGCAUUUGGGACAAGUUCAGCUGUCUCGUCAUUAAAGGCGUAUGCGACUAUGCUGAUAGCCAUAAGAACAAAAAAUGGCAGAAUUACGCAGCUGCUGUUGCAGCCUCCACAAUGAAGGUGGUCUUAGAACAUGAGGAACAAAAGAACUUGCUAGAUACCUUGAAAAACCUUACUCAAAAGUGCGAUAAUCAUUCGCCCGGGAAGCUCCGUAUUCUCCUCUUCACCCAACCAACCUCCGAAAUCAGGAAUUCACUUGCCUCUGCCGAUUCUCUUGCAUUGACUCCAGAGCUAAAUGUCAACGAUAUUCGGAAAUACUGUCAGCACAGAACGCGAGAAUUGGAAAAGUUCGAAUUUAGCAAUGAAGAUAUCAAGAAUGUCGUGGAUAUCAUUUGUGCAAGAGCAGAUGGAAUGUUCCUAUUUGCAAAAUUGGUCAUGAACAACCUGGCAAAACAGCCCAAUCUUGCAUUAUUUCGUAAUGAAAUCGCUAGUGCAAGGUUGCCGAAUGAAAUCGAUCAAGCAUAUUCCCGAAUCAUGGAGCGUCUCGAGCGAGAUCUGGGGCCGGCGCAGUUCAAGUACACGCUGUUGUUGCUGGGAUGGCUGGUCUGUUCCAAAAGGCCUCUGAAAUGGACGGAGGUUCAAUCAGCAUCAUCAGUGGAAAUUGAUGUAUGGAACAAUUCGAAUCUGAUGAAUACGGAGAUCAAGUUACGAGAUGAUGUACACGAACUAUGUGGAUCUCUUGUCCAGGUACUUCAAGGCGAUAGGGUCGAGCUUGUUCACAGUACUGCAAGAAGAUUCGUCAUUGAGAAAAGCGGCAUAGAUAUAGCAGAAGCAGAAUGCGAUCUUACUCUUCGAUGUCUACAAUAUCUCACGCUAAACAUCUUCGAGCCUAGGAUAACAGACGAAGACCUCCGUUUCUAUGCACGUAGAGGAGACUUGGCGUUUCAAGAUUAUGCUGUAUCUACAUGGUUUAUGCAUGUCAAGUCAAUGGUGGAUACAAACCUUAGUCUUGUGAUCAGAAAUUCAGGAUCUCCCGAAAUCAACUUUCAACUCAUCAGAAUACGUCAUGUGCUUGGUCGCUUCAUACAGUUCUAUGACAAAAGCUUUCCAGGCGAUAAUAUUCAGCAACAGACGCAACAAGAUUGCCAGGCAUUUUGGCAGUUUCCUUUCCACGCUGAUCUUGUUAAGAUCUGGCAACAUAUUCGUUUGGAACAAAGCAAGGAUCUGGUAGCCCGAAACACAGCUAUUGUGUCCGCGAGCCCGGAGCUGGUGGCGAAAUUUGGUCAAGACUAUACGGUUUAUGCUUACGAUUAUUCGGAAUAUGAAACCCCUCUGGUUGGCCAAGGUAUGCUAUCCUGGGUGCUCGCCUCCGCAUCACCAACGCCCAAUGCACCUGCACACCAAUCAAAAACUAUCGUUACAGGGCGGGUGAGCAAAAAUGUCCUUGGACUUUUCUCGAAGGGCGCACAGGAGACACUCGAGGUGAAACUACGGCUUGUACCUGUACCCACCCUAAUGCAAAGCGAAUAUCUCGAAAGCAUGCAACGCUAUCGAGAACUGAGCAAUAUAAUCCCGCAAGAAUUUGACGCUCAAGCCUGGUCUUCAUUUGUUCAACAAAACCCUCACAUGUUUGCGCCCAGUCAGCGCCCAUCCUCUACACAAAGUGCGAACGGGCCGAUCGAUCAUUCUGGUAUACAAAAGUUCCAUCAGCUCUUGAGUGAAGGCUCUACCCCCAGAGAGUUCCCGGCGACUCAUCCGGAUUCCACGGCAUCAUCCCCAGUGGAUCCUCCAAGCCGAAGCGAGACGCCAGUUGGCAUGCAGAUGACUACACACAUGUCUAGGCAACCAUCUACAGCAGGCCAUGGUCGAAGAGGAAGCGAAGUGUCUAUUCGUCCAUUGUCCCGAGCAUCUGUCCAUGAGUCAGACUUCCAACGCCCGGGUACAAUGACCCGCCGAGGAUCAAUCUAUUCAGGCUACGGGAGUGGCGACGAAGCGAUGGACCACCCUCCACGAAAGCGCGCUAAGCUUUUCAGGGCAGAUGUAACCGGUAAAGAUGACCUGAAUAUUGAGCGCCAACCUGGUUCACUUCGUGUAGCUGCAAGCACGGCUGCGUCUGUCCGAAUUCAUCGUCCAACGCCUAUCAACUCCAUCCAGUCAUCGGCUGCCCCAAGUUCUCUCGAAGAACCUGUUCGCCCACCUACACCAAUUUCUCGCAACCCUAGUGAAGGUCCACGACGAGGGCGCCCCGCUCCGAGUUUGCUUCGUGAAUCGUCAAUCAAUAGCGCAACAAGCUACAGGUCGCCCUAUCCCGCAUAUGAUGAGAUACCGUCAACUGAUUUGCCAGAUACUUCACCCGAUGAUCACCGGUAUCAAGGCAUCUUCGAAUCACAGUUUAGCAUGCCAUCAUCUCCACCUAUCAUAGAUGGAGGACUACUUAGUCGCUCGAGCCCCGUCCUCCCUCCUUUACCCAUACAGCCUGACUCUGGGUUCAUGAGUGCGACACUGGAGGACAUGGUGGAUGAAGAUGGCUGUAUCCGGGCAAACUUUCAUGAGAGUAACACAGCAGGAAUGACCGACUGCGAACCUACGAAACAGAACCGCCAAGAUCAGGUGACAGGGCAUCAAAACUCUCUGGCCAGCCAGGGUUCUGUUUCUCGGCAGCACAAUGACGACUAUCUGGCUAGUGACGGCCCUUACGAUAUGUCUUCUAGGGAGGCGCCAACACUUCCCCCUCAACACAGCUCCUCGGCUUCGCGACCAUCAUCCCGAAUGAGCAUAAGGCCCGCCCAAAAAUUGGCGCCUGCUCCACUAUCACAAAGUGAGAUCGAGCAAUUGAUGAGUUCGAUCCCUGCAAGCGACCCGGUCUUACCACCUUCCGGCUACAUGCACCAUGCGAAUACAUGGUCCGGUCCGAUGAGUGACUUGCCAUCUGUUGAAACUCCGUUACCCCAGCCUGUUGAGGAGAGAGGGAAGGGACGAAGUGGAGCGGGCGCACGGCGAGUACGUCAAGUCCAGGCUCGACUUGAAAACUGCAUACGAGAAGGUCAAGUCCCUCCCUAUUGCAACAACUGUGGUGCUAUCGAGACACCUACCUGGAGGAGGGCGUGGUCAAAGCACUUUGACGGUACCGAAGACGAUGCCAAUGAAUAUCUCAAGGACCCUAUGUGUCUCUUCUGGAAGGCUACAGACAGAGCCGAUGACGAGACUAUCACCAAAUUUCGACUAUACAAGAAGACACUGGUGGAUGCAGACAAAGACUUCGAUCAGAUUCUUCUCUGCAAUCCCUGUGGUCUGUGGCUUCAGAAAUUCAAAUGCAUGCGUCCAGAAAACAAAUGGAACAAACAACCAGCAAAAGACAAACGCAAACGGUCAUCUCGUGCACGCAAAGGUCCCCUAACAGGAGGUGCAACUACAUCUACAAGAAGCCGGAGCAAAUCUCAGAUGAAUUCGGCUCCUGGUUCAUCUCCGGCUCGUACAGACACGUCCUCUCCAACUGGUGACAACGGCUCUCAAGGUGGAGAUGAUAGAGUCACUCCUGCGGUUGAGAAUGAUAACGAGAAUGAGAACGAGACCGAAGAAACCAACGAGUUUGUUGAACAGGAUCAUCCAAAUAAGCGCAUUCGUGCCAGCAGUGCGGAACCUACAUCCAACACACUUCAGACUCGGUGGGACGAGAACGCCGCCGUGGAAGCGCUGAAAAGGGCUAUCCAAUCGAGUCCUGCACGCAAUCUUGAUUCACAUGUACGGAAGUCACAUGAUGUAAAUGUUACGCCGAAACCUGUGAGGAGAGCUUUGUUCCCGCAUAGCAAUCAUGAUGGACCCUUAAAGACUUUGGGUGAGUCUCUUUUGAAUAGUGCGCGUCGAAGUCCUCGCGUGGCAUCACGAGGUUCUGAGAAGAUAGUAGCAGACAAAGAAAAUACUCCAGCUGCUACUAAUCGCAAUUUGGAUGAUCUCUUCGAAAGUCCAUCCUUCGAUUUCAACUUGCGAACUACGCCCACUCCUAAGCGACGGACGCCUCGCUCCAACGAACGACGACUAUCGCUUCCUUUCUGCUCGCCUAGUGCUAGUAGAACAAAACAUUCUGCAACCGGCGUGUCACCAAGCACGCCUCGGUCAAGACAGAUGCGCCCAAGUUCUGAUAAGGACGCUUCAUCGGAUGGAACUGUUGAAAACAGAAAUGCGUUUCCCAGUGUGGACGACAUUGUUUUGGAUAGCCUUUUCGAUCCGUGGCAGUCUCUCCCUCAAUCGGACAUGUACAUGCCUUUCUCUGAUUGGUCACCAAGCGCUGAUAAUAACAACUCUAUGUUACAAUUUCCGAGCAAUUUCAACAAUGACGAAGAUCUUAUCAACGCAGUGCUCGCAGAAUCAGAGCUUGGAAAACCGGCUGAUAUGGGUGUCUCUUUCACAGAGAAUGGCACUACCAAUGAUAUGAGUAUGCCUGAGUCUGGAAAUAACCAACAAGGCGAGGAUCUAGUAAGCGAAGCACAGGCUGCUGUUGCUUCCAUCUGA